GGGACUGCAGCUCCCGGCGUGCUCCGCGGCGCGCGCGCAGCCGGCGCGCUGCCAUCUUGGCCCGGGGAGCGCUGCCGCCGCCGAACGGAGCCGGAGCGGCGCCGGAGCGGGGGGAUCGGGGCUUGCCGCCGAGGAGCUCUUCCAUGUGCCAGGCGCAGCCGGGCAGCGAGGCUGAGCUCGGUGGGAGCGCAGACAGGCGGCAGAGAUGCCCGUGGUGUGGCCAACUCUUCUGGAUCUCAGCAGAGAUGAAUGCAAGAGGAUCCUUCGCAAACUGGAACUGGAGGCAUAUGCAGGUGUCAUCAGUGCCUUACGUGCACAGGGGGACCUCACGAGAGAGAAGAAGGAUCUUCUUGGAGAGCUCUCUAAAGUGCUUAGCAUUUCCACAGAGAGACACCGCGCCGAGGUUCGGAGAGCAGUGAAUGAUGAGCGGCUAACAACCAUCGCGCACAACAUGACUGGGCCAAACAGCUCUUCGGAGUGGUCCAUCGAAGGUCGUCGCCUGGUGCCGCUGAUGCCUCGGCUCGUCCCACAGACGGCUUUUACCGUUACCGCCAACGCCGUGGCCAAUGCAGCUGUCCAGCACAACGCCUCUCUUCCCGUUCCUGCGGAGACUGGGAGCAAAGAAGUGGUGGUUUGCUAUUCCUACACAAGUACCACUUCAACCCCAACAUCUACCCCUGUUCCAAGUGGCAGUGUAGCAACAGUGAAGUCCCCCAGGCCUGCCAGUCCAGCCUCCAAUGUAGUCGUCUUGCCAAGUGGAAGUACUGUUUACGUCAAAAGUGUCAGCUGCUCAGAUGAUGACGAAAAGCCCCGCAAGAGGCGGCGAACCAACUCUUCCAGUUCUUCUCCUGUCCUCCUGAAGGAAGUCCCGAAGGCGGUGACUCCUGUCACUAAAACCAUCACCGUGCCUGUAAGUGGCAGCCCCAAGAUGAGUAAUAUCAUGCAGAGCAUUGCCAACUCCUUACCAGCACACAUGUCUCCUGUGAAGAUCACCUUCACUAAGCCCUCCACGCAGACGACGAACACGACGACGCAGAAGGUGAUAAUAGUAACCACCUCUCCAAGCUCAACUUUUGUACCCAACAUCCUUUCCAAGUCCCACAACUAUGCAGCGGUUACAAAACUUGUCCCAACGUCUGUCAUUGCCUCCACUACCCAAAAGCAGCCAGUGGUUAUAACAGCUUCCCAGUCCUCUCUGGUCACUAGCAGCAGCAGCAGCAGCUGUUCCACUCCUUCCUGUACUGCAAGUACCAUUGCUGUGACUGCUGUGGUGUCAUCAACACCCUCCGUGGUUAUGUCCACAGUAGCCCAAGGUGUGUCUACAUCAGCAAUCAAAGUUGCUUCUACCAGACUACCUUCCCCCAAAGGUUUGGUUGGGAAUCCAACUCAGAUUUUAGCACAGUUUCCCAAACAGCAUCAGCAGUCCCCCAAGCAGCAGCUGCACCAAAUACAGCAACAACCACAACAGCAGCAGCAGCAGCAACCGCAGCAGCAGCAGCAACAACAGCAGCAACAACAACAGCAGCAGCAGCAACAGCAGCAGCUGGUGCAGUCAUCGGUAGCUCAACAGCAGCCACAGCAGUCUCAGUUGCCACCUGGCAUCAAGCCCACCAUUCAGAUCAAGCAAGAAUCAGGUGUUAAAAUAAUCACUCAACAGGUGCAGCCCAGUAAAAUCCUUCCCAAACCAGUUACAGCGACCUUGCCCAGCAGUAGCAAUUCACCCAUUGUGGUGGUUAGCAGUAAUGGGACUGUCAUGACAACUAAACUGGUCACUACUCCCACUGGCACUCAAGCAACAUACACAAGGCCAGCAGUCAGCCCCUCCAUCGGGGCUCGGGUGGCAGGAGCUCCAGGGGCUGCUACCUAUGUGAAAACUACCAGUGGCAGCAUCAUCACCGUGGUACCCAAAUCUCUGGCUACUCUGGGAGGGAAGAUAAUCAGCAGCAACAUUGUUUCUGGAACUACAACCAAAAUCACUACAAUUCCAAUGACAUCCAAACCCAACGUGAUUGUCGUGCAGAAGACUACUGGAAAAGGAACCACCAUUCAAGGGCUUCCAGGCAAAAAUGUUGUCACAACGUUGUUGAAUGCUGGGGGGGAGAAAACUCUUCAGGCAGUGCCAGCAGGAGCAAAGCCUGCUAUCAUCACUGCCACGAGACCCAUCACGAAAAUGAUUGUUACCCAGCCAAAGGGAAUAGGGUCCACGGUCCAGCCAGCCACCAAAAUCAUCCCAACUAAAAUUGUGUAUGGGCAGCAAGGGAAAACACAGGUUCUCAUUAAACCAAAGCCAGUGACGUUUCAAGCAACAGUUGUGAGUGAACAAACUCGGCAGCUGGUGACAGAAACCUUGCAGCAGGCAUCAAGGGUAACAGAGACAGGAAACUCCUCCCUGCCAGAAGUGAAAGAAGAGCCACAAACCUACACUGACAGCAGCUCCUCUUCUACAGAGUCCUCCCAGAGUUCCCAAGAUUCUCAGCCCGUGGUGCAUGUGAUCGCUUCCAGAAGUCAGGACUGGUCGGAGCACGACAUCGCUGUGGAUGCCAGCCCCACCAUCAUCUACCAGGAUGUGUCCAGUGAAUCCCAGUCAGCUACUUCCACCAUCAAAGCUCUGCUGGAGCUGCAGCAGACAUCAGUGAAGGAGAAGUUAGAAUCCAAGCCAAGGCAGCCUACAAUUGACCUGAGCCAAAUGGCUGUCCCAAUCCAGAUGACCCAGGAAAAGAGGCAUUCUCCAGAGAGCCCUUCCAUUGCUGUAGUAGAGUCAGAGUUAGUUGCUGAGUACAUCACAACUGACUCAGGAAGACAACCCUCUCUUGCUUCUCACUCGGAAGAGUAUCUGCACAACCACAUAGUCAGCCAUCGGUCCCAGCCCCACCAGCAGUCAUCUCAGCCCCAGAGGACUCUGCUGCAGCAUGUGGCUCAGUCGCAGACAGCAACGCAGACUUCUGUUGUGGUGAAAUCUAUCCCCGCAUCCUCCACAGGCGCAAUUACCCAUAUCAUGCAGCAGGCCUUAAGCAGUCACACCGCAUUUACCAAACACAGUGAACAGCUUGGAACUGAGGAAGGAGAAGUGGAAGAGAUGGACACCUUAGAUCCUCAGACUGGCCUCUUUUACCGAUCUGCCCUGACACAAUCCCAGGCACAGAAGCAGCAAAAACUGAGUCAGCCGCAGCUGGAACAGACUCAACUGCAAGUGAAAACUCUGCAGUGCUUCCAGACUAAGCAGAAGCAGACAAUCCACCUGCAGGCCGAUCAGAUCCAGCACAAACUCCCACAAAUGCCCCAGCUGUCUAUAAGGCAUCAAAAGCUAACCCCCCUGCAGCAAGAGCAAGCACAGACCAAACCAGAGGCACAGCACCCCCCCCACCACACGGUGGCCAAAGAAAGGCAACUCCCUACCUUAGUGGCGCAGCCACAGCAAACUGUAGUGCAGGUGCUGGCGGUGAAAACCACGCAGCAGCUGCCCAAACUGCAACAGGCACCAACGGCACAAAAAAUCUACGUGCAGCCCCAGCCCCCCCAGGGUCAAAUGCAGCUACCUGCCUCUUCAGAGAAGCAGCCAGCGAGCCAGGUGCAGCAUCCCAUUGUAACGCAAGGACCCGCUGUUACAAAGCUAACUUUGGAGGGGCGCCAGCCUCCUUCUGUUUCAGAGGUAGCAGGGGGCAGUUCUGUGCCCAAGCAGGCGUUGCCAGUUACCAGCCUGUUUCCCACUCAGGCCCCCGUGCAGCCAGCAGUAGCAGAUGCUUUGUCUGUGGUGGAAGCUCAGACGGAUGCGAGCGUAGAGCAGGCCCUAGCAGGUGCCCCCAGCGAGGCCAUGCCCACCAGUGCUAGCGCAGCAGAGGCGCCGCCGUGCGCCCCGGUGCCCAGGGUGACUGCGACUUCCAUCCCCCAGCAACAGACACGAGCAGAGUCCAGCUCAAGCCCUCCUGCUGUUGGUCCUGCUGUAACCGAGAGGAAACUCGAUGCCCAAGGAAUGCCUCCAGCAAAGCAGUUUGUACACAGUCAGAGUCUGUCCCAAAAGACAGCUGAAGAGAGCUCAUCAGAAGUGGUUACCCAGGCUAUCCCUCACUAUUCCAUCCCUUGUCACUCCAGCUCCAACGUGGUAGUGGAACCCAGCGGGCUCCUGGAGCUCAACAACUUCACCAGUCAGCGCCUGGACGACGAGGAGACGGCAAUGGAGCAAGACGUGGACAGUAGCACCGAGGACGGCACUGAGCCCAGCCCCUCCCGAAGUUCUGCUGAGCAAUCCUGAGGGAAUUGGGACACUUGGAGUGCACUUUAAACAACAACAAAAAAAUACCUUGGGUUUUUUUUAACUGUUUUUUAUUUUAAGUAUCCAGGCUGCCCUUGUGUCGUGAUGUCUUAGAGCACUUUGCCCUCUAGAGUCAUUCGUUGGACCCCUGAAGCAUCACCGUGUUUGAGCAGGACAGUCUUGGCAAAAGCUGCAUCUUCAGAAUGCUUUGCAAAAAGAGAGAGGGGGAGGGGAAAAGGAAAGGAAGAAUAAGAAUAAGAUGUAGCCACCGAGGUGUAGUUCAAGCUGUGACAGUGGAAUGUACUCUGUUCAAAAACAAACCAGCAAAAGGCGGGUGACAGCUGUCGAAGCCCUUGCCCGGCUACCGAAACAGCCUUCCCUGCAAAGGGGAGUCCCUGGAAAGGGGAGUGUUACUUGGCUGUGUCUUUGGGUUAGCUGUUGAGCAAAACGCCAUCCAAAAAAGGGAAAAAAAAGAAUGUUUAAUAAAUAUUUGUAUUUUCAACUAGCAUGUGAGAGGAAAAAGUGUCUCUGACAGUGCUGGAAAAGCCCCAGGGAUGUUUGGGAUCGCCUGAGUAGGUACAAGCUUUCUUGCACUUGUGCUCAAUUAAAAGAGUUAAGAUCUUUUUUUUACCCCAUUAAGCCUAAAAAAGAUUUUUAAAGUAUUUUAAAACAUUUUUUCAUGUUGGCUGUUUGGAAACGAGCUGGCAGCAGAGCAGAUUCAUUAGUGAAUUGCUUUUUUGCUGUGGCUGUUUCUGUGCUUUACAAGAGGUAGAAUAAGAGUGCGUGAAGCAUUUCGUUGUGCCCUAAGCACACUCAGUGCUCCUCUGCUCUGCUUAGACCGUUGCUUAUUGCUUGAAAUAGAGGAUUUGGGAAGAGGAGAGGCCAAGCUGUUUGCAGAGCUGCUGUGGGGCAGGCAGCUGUGUGCGUUCUAACGCAGAGAGAGUGGUGGUGUUGGGACGUGGCGUGGGGGAUGUUUUGUUACAGAUGUGGGUUUCAGAAUUGGGGAUAAUGUGGUUCAGCAUCUUCCAGAGCUGAACCUCUGACUUGAGAAGUCAGAAGGAAAAGAACAAACAGCCCAGCCCAGCAGGUGUAUUUUCCUGGUUUUAAAGUGAUCCAUUCUGGGAGGUUCAGAGCUGCUACGCAGUGGUAGGUUUCAGAGAGCAGCCUUAGGACGUGGCUCAUUGAAGCAAUACUUCGUGGUGGCAGUUAACAAGCCACCAAGAGAGGGUUGGGUUCAGGUGGGGUUAGGAACCAAUUUUAAUGCAUUCUGCUAAUGAAGACAAUGGUUUUUUUUUCUUUUUCUUCCCUUUUUGCCUCUUUUUUCCCCCCUCAACUGUAUAUAGCCCCCAGGUUUUUAACUGUUUUGUAUAGAUCUCGUUAUAAAUAAUGAAGCAGUUUCUGCUGUACCAUUUAAUUGUACAUACACAUCUCUCAAGCCUACCUUGCCCACUUUUUGGUGCUGAAGUUGUACUGUAAGCAGAUUCCAUCAGAAGUCUUAAUACAGUUUUUUUUGCAUCAGUC